AUGUGUGAACAGCAGGUGCAGGGGCCUGAAAUAGAGGGUCGGGGAGAAGCAGGUGCUUACCCACAGUCAAGAGGACCAAGUAGAUUAGUGGUCGGACAGGCACAGAGGAAUGUCAAGGAUGACCAGGUUGUGCUACAAUGCACAGCCUCCAUUCUGAAAGAACAGAUCAAACUGUGUCUGUCAUGCGAAGGCUUUGGGAACCGCCUCUGCUUCCUGGAGACCACCUCUAACGCUCAGAAUGUGCCACCUGAUUUGGCGAUCUGCUGCUUCAUCCUGGAGCAGUCCCUGUCGGUACGAGCCUUACAGGAGAUGCUGGCCAACACCACGGAACUCAAUGAGGUAGGAGACUCGCAGAGGUCAUCUCAAGGAGGGGGCCACCGUACCCUGCUGUAUGGCCACGCUAUCCUUCUGAAACACACUCACUCCAGCAUGUACCUCAGCUGUUUGACUAGCUCAAGGUCACUCACAGACAAACUGGCCUUUGAUGUGGGCUUACAGGAAGAUUCCACAGGGGAGGCGUGCUGGUGGACCAUUCAUCCUGCGUCCAAGCAGAGAUCAGAGGGAGAGAAGGUCAGGGUGGGAGAUGACCUCAUCCUGGUCAGCGUGUCCUCUGAGAGAUACCUGCAUCUCUCCUAUGCCAGUGGUGAACUCAUGGUGGACGCCUCCUUCAUGCAGACUCUGUGGACCAUGAACCCUGUGAUGUCUGGUUGUGAACUUGCGGAAGGCUUUCUGACUGGAGGCUAUGUUCUGAGACUGUUCCAUGGUCACAUGGAUGAGUGCUUGGCUAUCCCUGCUGCCGAGCAAGGAGACAACCAGCGCAGGUGA